GGCACGGGCAGACGACAUCGAAGAUCAAGGUCACGACUUGUUGGAUCGUGGUGGGGGGGCGAUGACGGGGGGUGAAGGGAACAGUGGUAAGGGGGGGUCUGGGGGUGCCGAAUUCGACCUGGUGUCCGAGAAAGAGAUGGCAAAGUUGAGGCGAGGGAGCAUUGUUUGGAACUACGUCACCGUGGGCCAGUACGUCGGGGACCAGUCAAAGAUGCACGGGGACCGAAAGUUGCGUUGCAACUUAUGCGGCCACCUGUUUCAAGGGGGGUCGUCGAAGGCCGUGCAUCAUUUCACGCAGUCGAAGUUCUGCAAGGCGGGGGGGAUGAGAGUUCUCGCGGAACUCUGGAACGACACGGACUACACAUUUGUGUUGUCCACUGCUCAGUGGGUGCAGAGGUGGAUGGCAGACGAGGGCAUACGGGACACGAGAGCGCCCGCGGGUGGCCAGAGACAGCGGAUGGACGACCCAGAGAGGGACGACAUUCAGGACGGCCUCGAUGAGGAGGAGGGCCGCGAGGGUGGGGCCAGGGAGGGGGCGGUUGUAGACGAGGCAGACGAGGCAGUCGGAGAGCCUAACCUGCCAGGGGAGGAGGUGGUGAUGACGUCGAGAGGCGUCGGUGGAGCAGGUCUUGCUACUACGGCGCCGCGAGGUGAGGUGGCCCGCUCGAGGAGGGAGAAGAGGACAGUGGGGCAGGCUGGCGUCGAGGUGCCAGACACGGGCAGGGAGAAGAGGGCUCGGCAGACCACGAUUGUCGAGAUGUACGCCAGGGAGAAGUUGGCCGAGUUCCAUGAUGCGUGGCUUCAGUGGAUCUACGUGAAGAAGUUGCCAUUCAACGCCUUUCGAGGUCCGGAGUUCCAGAGGGUGUGGCAGGCAGCAGAGAGAGUGCCUCGCUCUAUCCAGUUUCGGUUUCCCUCCUUCACGGUUACAGCGGGGGCCGGUAUCCCUUCGCAGAGGGCGAAGGUGGCGACGAUGGUGAGCAAGGUGCGCGCCACUUUCCGGCACAGCGGUGCCACUAUCCUUUCCGACGGGAGGAAGUCGCGCAGCGGCAAGCGGCUCGUGAACUUCCUGGCAGGGGGCACCAAUGGCGCCCUGCUGUACGCCACCGUCGCACGUGAUGGGUCGGUCCGAGACACAGCGGACGUCGUGUACCGUAGGUGGCCGGCCAUCAUCUUGUCCUUUCCUGCAAAGGACGUGAUCGGCUUCUGCACAGAUUCCGCCAGUAACUAUACGGUGGCAGCGCGCAGGUUCGCCAGAGAUCCCGAGCCUGACAUCAGGAGGAUCACUUGGCUCCCCUACUCCACCCAUGUCUGCAACUUGAUGUUCUCAGAUAUCGGGACGCGAGUGGUGUGGGUCAAGGAGACCAUCAUCCGCGCUCGAGCGCUUGUGCGAUUUAUUAAAUCGCACAGCGCUGCUCACGCCCUCUUUAGGAAGGUGAGCCCUCGCGUUCAGCUCGUCGAGCCCGUUGAGACACGGUUUGCAUCGGUUUUCCUGAUGCUGACGUGUCUCAAAGGCCGACGAGACGUGUUGCAGAGCAUGUUGCACGGGGAUGCUUGGGCACACAUCCCAUGGGAUCGCGCCCACGUAUCUCAGGCGCAGUGGGUGCAGCAGCAGAUCCGGGACGGGGAGUCUUGGCAGCGUGUCCAUUACGCCAUCCUAGUCAUGUUGCCCGUCCACCAGCUGUUGCGCAGGAUGGAUAGAGGUGGGAUGAUGAUGUCAGUCGUUUACGAGUGGAGUCAGCAUCUGCUGCAGUUGAUGAGGAGGGUCGACGUGCCUGAGGACAUGAUCGAUCCGUGCGUGCGUGAGGUUGCCAUCCGCAACCUCCACAUGUUAGAGCCCGCACAUGCCACAUCCCACCUCCUCAACCCUCGCCGACGGUCCCUCACGUAUUACCAUUCGCUGCAGACGACUGCCGAGGACCGCCUUGUGGUCGAGGAGUGCGACAGAUUUCUCCUGGCGCAGACCGGCGGCGAUCCGGUCGGGUUAUUGUACAGGACCGUGAGGGACCUGAUGAGGGCGUUCCACUCAAGGCGAGGGGAUUGGGGAGAUCGUGAGCUCUCCGAUAUCGAGGCGGCAGAUUGCAGGGGGGACAGCGAGACCGAGUGGUGUGCAGAGUGGUGGUUCGAGCAUGGAUGUGCCCACCCGGAGUUGCGCACCAUCGUCAUCCGUGUCAUGCAUUUGUGGACGUCUGCCUCUCCAGCGGAGAGGAACUGGGCGGAGCACAAGCGCGUUUGCACGGCGAGGCGCUGCAAGCUUGGGUUCGCCAAGCUUGCACAACUGGUUGAGAUUGCCACCAAUCUCAAACUGGCGUUGUGCGCACGGCAGGGUGGUGGCUACGUGUUGCCAUGGGUUAUGGGGAGCGGUCGGGGGGGGACGGCGGCAGAGGAGGAGGAUGAGGAGGGAGAUGUGGAGCCCGAGGUGUGGGGAGCGCGACCUGAUGGCAGUGUUCCCGAGCAGGAGAUCCAGCGGCAGAUUGUCGCUUUCCGUGACAGCCGACCGUCCGGAGCCGGUUCGGUUCGGGACGUGUUCGGCAGCAGAGCGACGGAGCUGCGACCGUGGCCGGAGGGUGGGGAUGAUGUGGAUGCUGCUGCGGCAGACGACGACACCGACGACGACUGGACUGACGAUGAUGACACGCCGCUGAGUCGCGACCCGACGGCUGAGCGAGUGUACUUCACUUACGGUGGGGGUUGUGACGACACAUAUUCAUUCACAUCAGUUAUCACUGGUGUUGUGCCGUCGACCGGGCCGGCGAGUAGCAGCAGCAGAGCCGGCGGUGGUCAUGGAGGACGUUCGCAUGCGGAGGUUCGCGUGGAUGACUCGGAGGAGCAGCAGCCACGGGGAGGUCUUAGGCACACACGCAGGCGUUGGGAGGUUAGGAGUGGCAGCGAGGCGGAUGGGGAGGCGGAGGAUGAGGAGGUGCACCUUCGCGAUCGUAGCUUCUCUCCCUCCCAUCAUCCAAUUUCUACACAGCCCGAGGGGGAGCCACUUAGGCGUUCGGAGAGGUUGGCGAUGGCAGCAGGCAGAGACCGGACACAUGACGACGAGGAUCGUGGGGGGGAGAGGACUCCUUCCAACGCCAGUAUCCGCCCCCGCUCGCCGUCGUUGCUCCGCACACAGGACUUCGAGGACAUAGGACUUGGUGGGAGCUUGGCAGAUUUGAGUGUCGAGGUACGUCGACGUGCCUCACUGCAGGAUGUGCGCACAGACGCGGACGUUGAGCGGGGCCCUGUUGAGACUGAGGAGGAGAGGCAUGCCCGUUUGGACCGAGAGGAGGAGGAGCGGCUAAGGAGUUUGCCACGGUGGGAGGGUCGGUUCGUGUAUCUCGACGAGCAACAUCGGCAGAGGGACUUGGAGACAGGAGGGGAGGGGAGUCGUGACGUCGACGACUCUGGUGUCCCUAAGGAGGCGGUUCAGGGCGAGUUCGAUUAUGAGGGGCAGGAUGCCGUCGCGGGUGUCCCUGAGGGGCAGGAUAUUGUCAUGGCGGGUGCCGCAGCGUGCGACAAAGGAGAGGGUGGACCUGGUGGAGAUGGGGAUACCGCGGGUGCCGGUGGAGACGAUGGACCGGACAGCGACGAUGACGACGACCACGGUCCGGAGGACGAUCCAGAUAGGCUUGCCUUGGUGUUGAGGGACCCCACAGUGCCUCCCAUGCGUUCUGACGGCACAGCGCACACUUUCUUCGAUGCCGAUACUUUGGCGCAUGCGUUGACGGAUGACCCUUUCGCACACAUGGGCCGCAAGAGCGGCAAGCAGUGGGCCCCUGGGAGGGUAUAUUCACCGCCGCCGUUCACAGUGCAGACCCCUCACUGGUCGGGUUCGUCGCUCAGCGGCGUUAGAGGGAGGGAGUCCGGUGCGGGUGAGGUGGGGUCCGGCAGACGCAGCGACGGCGGCAGAGAUAGUACAGGAUUGAUGCCUCCACCACCCGCACAGACUCCGGAGGACACGGUCGACACCGGGGACCGGACGGUGGCACCCGGAGUUGCGCACAGUGGCGGUUCCCCGCCGCCAGUCCGAGGAGGUGUGGGUGGCGGAUGAUGCGACAUAGGGAUGAUAUGCUAAUGAAUGUGUUCUUACAUAAAUGAUGUGCUAAUGAAUGUCCAUCAGUCUC